GACCAACAUACUUCUUGCCUCUUUUACUGCCCACCAAAAACUUUCUCCAUUUCAGUACAGUCUAGGCCAAAUGUGCCGAUGGCUUUUCUGGCACUGAUAUCACUUAUCACAUCUCCCCUAACUUUCGAUCUACAAAUCAACGGACCAUCGGUUAAUCCUGCACCAAUUAUAUUGAGCACACCGUCCAAAAACUUAUCAUUAUCAUUUCACAAUGGACACAUCUACGCGGAUUCGAUUCCUGUAUCAGCUAUUUCUGAAAAUGAGACUACAUCAUUCUCAUUGAAAUGUAUUUCACAUAUUUCUUUACAUUUUCAAAGUCCACAUGCAAACUCUCUGGUUUAUUCUCCAACAUUGUGUUCAGCUCCAAAUAUCGGGCUCACAAUAAACGAAACAGCGCUCAAAGGAUGUAUGUUUGAUAUCACUCAAUCCAGCUCAAUUUUGACUCAACGGAUAUGCGGAAUCGACUCAAAAAAUGCGGCAAAAAAUCCAGAAAAAGGACCGAUUUAUGUGGCGGAGCCAGUAGAGUUGAAUGAAGGUGGAUCCAUGCCUCUGCAAUGGAAAAAUGUGUACUUCAUGCCAAGCAGUCAAGAUGUUAAUUUUUCACAUACUGAUAUAUUCUUUACCAUCGUUGAGAGUGCGAAACAUGGAGAGGUUCGAAUAGAUGAUGUUGUAACAAGUUCUUUUACGUAUGCUCAGCUUUUGGCAAGAAGAGUGAUUUACAAACAUGAUGGAACUGAAACUAGAGAGGAUCGACUCUCUUUUCAGAUUGAAUUUGCUGUUAAACACAAACAACUUAUACCAGCUGAAUCCAAAACUUACUCAUUGAGAAUAAAAAUUAAUGGAGUCAAUGACCCGCCGGAACUUGUAAAACGAUCAAAAGACGAGAAACUAUUGAUUGCUUCACGUGGAAGUCGAGUGAUAACAAACGAGAUUUUAAUAUUAACUGAUGCAGAUGAUCGACCAGAAAAAGUUCGAGUACAAGUUGUAGAAUCAAGCGGAGUUCAUAUAGAAGUUCAUGGACAAAAAGUGAAUGAGUUUAGUCACAAACAAUUGAUUGAAGAAUUGGUUUCAUUGGUUGAUGAAGGAACAGAGUUGGGAAGUGGAAGAAUACGAUUAAUUGCGAGAGAUCGAGAGGCUAGAAGUGGAGUUGUUAUACUUGAAACACAAAGUACCAAAGUUGACGUGAAGUUGGUCCAUAACACAGGACUAAAAUUACUUCAUCAUUCCAGUGCACUACUUACAAAUAAAAAUCUAUCUUUUGAUGCUUCGAUUCAAGACAUGAUUGUCGCCUAUCGAAUUGUUGAUAUGCCAGACACGGGUGUUGUUGAAUGUCUUCAAGAGAAUGAUGACAAGUUCAGCAUGUGCACAACGUUCACUCAAGCACAAGUGAACGAGGAGCAAGUCCGAUUCAGGCACACAAGUCAAAGUUCUUCGCCGAGCGAUAUGUUCAGUUUUCAGGUUGAAGCUGGAGAAUUCGCUUCAAUGGUUCAUGUCUUCCGAAUUGACUUUAUUCCAAUGAAUAUUAAAGUUUUCACUCGUGAACCGUUUGUUCUGAAUGGAACAGAAACUAUGUCAAUUAGCAGACAAAAUCUUUUCUCUUGGACUUUUCCGAAAAGUUUUUCUGCUCACAAUUUGAUAUACCAUAUUGAUGAGCCACCAAAACUGGGAACACUUUCAAGAAAACUCGCCGUUGGAAAACAGAGAAGAAUAGGAGUUUCUUCAAAUUUCACACAACAAGAUAUUGAUGAAGGUGCAAUUAGCUACAAGUUACACUAUCAACAAUAUUCAAUUGUCAAUGAUUUUUUUGUUUUUCGAGUUGUAUCGCCGGCUGUAUCAUCUCCACUUUUAAGAUUUGAUAUUGUGUAUGUUCCAAAAGAGUCAUCAAUCCGUCUUGUAAACAAAACAAUUGUUGUAAAAGAAGAAGAAAUUGCAUCGAUAACACCCGAUUUUCUGUCUCUUUCCACACCAGACGACUCAAACUUUAUAUUUCGUGUUGUUUCUCCAACACUGCAUGGUCAAAUCAGACUUCAAAUUGGGGAAGUUUUGAAAAAAGAUUCAAAUUUUACAAGUGACGAUAUUGCAAAGCAUCGAUUGACAUAUUCUCAUUCUGGAGAUGAAACUCGUACUGAUGAAUGUAGAUUAUUAGCGAUUUCAAGGCAAAAUCCAAUGAGAAAAGUUCCAUUAACUCUCAGUUUUUCUAUUAUUUUGCUCAAUGACAAUGCACCGAAAUUGGCUCAAAAUGUGACAGUUUAUAUGGUGGAGCGCGGAGAACGAGUGCUUCACCCGUUCUUACUUCCAUGGGUUGAUGAAGAUGUAGAUGCUUCUGCUUUAAUGUUUGACUUCACACAAAACAAGGAUGCCGCAAUUUUGUCUACAGUAUCCCCGUAUCUACCACUUACUUCAUUCACUCAGCACGAUAUUGACGAAGGAAAAGUUAUGAUUAGACAUUUAGGACACCAUGGGGAAUUUUAUAUUGGGUACACGGUUAGUGAUGGAGUUCACCGAGUUGAAGGAAAGAUGCAUGUACUAGCUGCAAAACCCGAUGUAUGGAUUGAAAAGGCUGAAAUUGUUUUGAUAUGCGGAGCACAUUUUCCACAGACAAUUCGUCUCUCUUCGAAUAAUUUAACAGUAUUGACAAAUUUGGAUGUUCGACUGGAAGACAUUAUAUAUUCAUGUAGUUCAAAUUUUUCUCGGUUUUUUGUUGGAAGUCAAAGAAAACCAGCAAGAGGGUUCAGUCAAAAAGAUAUUGAAAAUGAAUCUGUAUGGUAUUCUGUUCCAAAUGAGGAUUCAAUUGAGAGAUUGAAAGUGGCCGUGGCUGAUCGAAAUUUGGAAGUUGAACUUCGUGUUCGAUGUGAAAACUCCCGUGGCUCAUUCUCAUACCAACAGCAUCGAAUGCUCCGUGUGCCCGUUGGUGGAGCUGUUCUUAUUGACAAGAACCUUCUGGAAAUAUCUCUGGUGGAUGCUGAACGACCAAUCAUCUACAAAGUGAUGAAGCAACCCAAUAAUGGAUAUUUAUCAUUAGAUUAUGAAAAGAGCUUCUCUUCCCGAAUAUCUACAUUCACUGACACAGAUGUAACAUCUGGAAGUGUUCAGUAUGUUCAUAACAAUGCUGAUCAUUCCAAUGAUUCAAUUGAUUUCCAAGUUCAUGUGAUUUCAAGAAACUUGAGUUUUCAUCUUAAACUUGAAAUUGAUGUUUUCCAGAGAAAUAUCACAAUUUCAACAUCCUUAUUCUCAGUACCAGCUGCAGGACGUGUUCCAAUCACUUCUAACUUUUUGAAAGUGACAACUAGCGAAAAUGAGGAAGCAGUGAUUACUGUAGUCUCACCACCAACUUCAGGAUGGGUAACAACUGAUAGUGUACACAAUAUCACAAGUAUCUCCUCAAUUGCUACAUUCACAACUCGUAUGAUAGAAAAUGGACAAGUGUGGUUUGUAUCUGAUGGAUCACAUGGAAAUGAUAGUAUUGGGGUACGCGCAUGCGUACAUGAUCAAUGUACUGGAAUACAUCUGAUGCAGAUAACUGUUUCACGAAUUAAUGAGAAGGGGCCGGUUAUGAUUAGGAAUGAAGUUUUGAGAGUGUCUGGUAACAAGGCAUUAAUUACAAAUAGUCAUUUGGAUGUUGAAGACACGGAUACUCCUACCAACUCAAUUACCUAUAUCAUUGCUCAGCCAUCAAACGGAAGAGUUGUCAAAGCUAGUCAAAUGGAAGAAGUUAUGACAAACUUUACUCAAUUUGACAUUGAUCAAUCCAAUGUGGCAUUUUUGGCAACAAACCAUAGUAAUCCAUUUGGAGGAUUUUCAUUUCAUGUAACCGAUGGGAAACAUAAGAUUGGCCCUGAAUGGUUUUCGACGGAAUUAUCAUCAAGUUCAACUAUUCUUGAAGCAAAUGGAAGAUUAGUGGCUUCUCCAUCGUCAGCUACUGUUAUUGGAACUGAACUUCUUCGAGGAAAUAUGCCAGGAACCCGUCCAGAUGAAAUUAUUUUUACGAUUCUGAAGCCUGCUAGAUAUGGAGAAAUAUUAGUGGAUGGAAUCAAAAACACCGUGUUUACGCAGUUACAGAUAAAUCGUCGCCAAGUUGUAUAUUCGACAGUUGGAUUUUCUGAUCAGAACGAAUGGAGUCGACGGGAUUCUUUUUCAUUCAGAGUUCACAAAAACAACUCGGCACAAUUUCUGAAUUCCAAUGAAAAAUUCCGGAUAACGACAACAUUUGCGGCCAUUUCGGAUAAAGUACUUUCAAAAUAUAUAACAACUCGACCUUUGGUAGUUUCACGUGGUGGAUCUGCAUGCUUUAAUCAAUCACAUUUGGAUGUUUCAGCUUUAGCGGAUGCCGUUGAUAAGGAGAUAGUAAUGAUUGAAAUCGGAACAGAACCACGCGCGGGAACAUUGGAAUGGCUUGAUAAUGAGAGAAAUCGGGUUUCGUGGACAGAACUGCGUACAUCGUUUCACCUUCUUUACAAACAUACUGCGACAGAUUCUCUAAGUGAUUCGCUGAUUUUCCAUAUUUAUGCUGCCAGGGAAUCAACAAGAAGAGCAAGUCGAAUUCGAAUUUCAGUUGACAUUCAAAUUACGAAUCCACCAGAUCCAGAUGUUCAGGUUGUAUUAUUUCCUGAUUCUGUAUCUAUACUGAACAGUGGAUCAACACCUCUUCUGGCUGAUAUACUCAUGACACGUCAUAAAACAGUUCCACCUCAAUCAAUUGUCUACAGUACCCAACAACGAGGCGCAAAUGGGGUUACGAUUCGACGUGGUGAUGAUGAAAUCAAACAGUUCUCGCAGCAAGACGUUAACGAUGGAAAAAUAUCGAUUUGGCACACUGCCAACCGACAUCAACCAGCCGCCACGUGGCAUGACGUGAUUGUACUCGACAUUGAAGGACACACAAGAUCACUUAUAAUAGAUAUCAGGCCAUUGGAUUUAAUGUUGAAAAAUCAUACGACAAUAUGGUAUCCACAGGGAAAAACGUAUGUUGUUUUGAACUCAGAACAUCUUGGAGCAUUUUCAAUGGGAAAUCGGAGUACAUUGAAAUACAAAAUUACAAGUGGACCAGAAAAUGGAACAUUUUAUUGGGUGGCUGGAGAGAAAGAAGCAAAAGAGUUUAGUCAAAAAGAUAUCGACGAAGGAAGAGUACUGUAUGCACAAUUGAAUAUGCAUUCAUUUCAUGACAAGUUUGAUUUUGUUGUUGAAAACGAUUCUCGAGAUGUGCUCAGAAAUAGUUCAGAGCUGAGAGUUCGAGCACUUGUUUCCGUGCAACCAGUGAUUGUAGAAGCAGAUACAGCAACUCCACUGACAACUUCACAGAUAAAUGCAUCAACAUUACUAAAUUCAUCACCUCGGUUCUUUCUUACUUCCCCGCUCAAAUUUGGACGCUUGACGUUUGAUCCGAAUACCAAUUAUUCCACAUACUAUUUUACGAAUACUGAUAUUCAAAAAGGAAUCGUAUAUUAUAAGGCAUUUAGCACAGAGGAAGAAGUUCACGAGAUUGUACAAUUAGAAGUACGAGCCGAUAAUGUUCAACCAGCACGAUUUACUCUUCCAAUCACCAUACUUCGUGCUGAUAUGGAAAACUAUGAUCCUUCGACAACUGGAGAUCAAAUGAUUCCAUAUUCAAAUGGUGGAUCUGACUCAACGAAAUUCUCAAUAUUUGGAGAAAACAAUCUUCCGGUAGUUAUACUUGGAGCCAUUGUUGCCGCAACAAUAUUCGUUUUGAUAUGUAGAAGAUGCGGAGAAGGAAAGAAGAAAAAUAAAACAAGGACUCCGAUUAAUGCAAAAUUGGAUACACCAACCAGGCUUCCACCAUCACCAUCAGAGAGUAUUGAUCAUGAAAAACCACCCGACUUGUUGGGUACAACUGUAUUUGCAUCAGUGAGACAAGCCGAGGAUAGGAUGACAAUGAAGUCAUUUAAUAAACCACCUAAACCAGAGUCAUCUUCAUCACGAAAACCUCCAAAUCCUCGUCGUCAAAAUGUAUCUUCUCUGGAUUACGCAGGAAUAACAUCUGAUACUCCACCUCCAAUGCGAUUAUUUGAGCAAGUUGCUCAAACACAACCGACAAAUCAUUAUUGGGUAUAACAAGAAAUCACUUCAAUUUCCCGAAACUAUUAAUUUCCAAUCAACCUACAGUGCCUUUCCGUUUCUCAAAAUCAUUCUCUACGUCUCUGUGAUCUCAUUGAAUUCAUUUUUAGUUAUAAAUGCAAAUUUAUUAUUUCAAAAAUAUUUAUUUAAAAAAAUUACGAGUUACUUCUGAGUUUCCAAGAAAUAAUAUUGUUUUGGAGUGCGACAAAGAAGAAUAUCAGUGCAAAUCUUAUCGGCUUCUUCGUGAUCCUUCAGUUUAUUGAUAAUGUAUUCCAAAUUCUUCUCGAUCACCUUUUCACACAUAUCAACCAUAAAUGAUGGAACAUCUUCUUUGCAAAAUUUGUCAACUGCCUGAAAAUAAGCUUUAAUUGGUUGAUCAGAGGCAUAAUUGAAAUAAAGAAUUGUUAAAGGUA